AUGCAAGCUCCUACCCAGAAGACAAAAGUCAAUGAAAACCGCAUCUCAUUCUGCAGACCGCUCCUCAGUUUAGCUGAGAUUAUUGAGUUCGCUGAGCAGCUUAUGACCACACGGUAUGUCGCCGUCGCUGGGGUUAUCAUUUUGAUCUACGAUUGGAUGAUUACAUUCGAUGAGGAAGUCAGCAGUAUAUGGCCGGCCAAAAUAUCCUCAACGAAAGUUAUAUUCUUGCUUAAUCGCUAUGUUAACAUCGGCUCGCAAUUGAGCAUGAUAGUGUACCUCAUUGGACUGGUUCAGGCGAAGUCCCAAACGACAUGCGUGUUCUAUAUCAUCGCGUAUGGGGGCACUGUCUUCCUGGCAUUGGCUUCCGUGCACGUCCUCGUAAUCCUUCGCGCUUGGGUUGUUUGGAAUCGUCAACCGUCGAUCGCGUUGGCAUUGGCUUCUGCUUACACCAUUUACGCUGUAGCAUGCAUUGCUUUGAUAUCGUAUGCAGCUAUUACUCAUGCCAACCUUACUUUUGCUUUCGAACAGUUUUCGACGACCUGCCAUGUUUCCAACAUGAUACUAUGGGCCGUGUUCUGGAGAACGCCUUACAACAUGAUUGCCGUUACUUUUAACUGCUGCUUGAUGAAUGUUGCUGGUCAACGCUUUGUUCUGGACCUGCGUCGUGCUCACGAGGAACGGAUGAUGCCUUCUAGACUGGCUUUAUCAGAUAUUGAUACGCGACUUAUUAUAUUCGAACUAUUAACUCGCAAUGAUAGGGAAUUACACUGA